UGUUCCUUAUCUACUACUCAGUUACCUCUAUAACUAUAUACAUACAAGUAGUCAGUCUCUCGUUAAAAAAGCAAAAGAGAUAAUUCCAGUUGUCGUUAAUUAUAUUUCUUAUAACUACUUACUCACCGUCUUCAAUAAAAAUUGUUGAAUCAGUCUUCGCGCAAAGGGAAGCUAGCUACAUACCUAUAUUACUUACUUACGUACCUACCUACCUAGCUAGUUCAACCCAUGGACGACGGCGACGAUAAUCACCUCGCGCCACCCCGGCUGCACAUCGACCCCCCGCUCUUCAACUCGGCUAAUCCGUGGGCCACGACGCUGGAGCAUCUACGGGAUCUGUACAGAUGCGGGGCCACGGGCGCCGUGACGACGCGGACGGCGCUGUUAGGGGAGCACGGGUUCCCGCAUGACGAUGAACUGCAUCGGUUUGCGUUCUUCGAAAGCGGGACGCAUCGCGCUGGCGAGGGGGAGGCGGAUGCGAGUCUGAAUAAUUUGGGGUAUAGCCCGGUUCCGCUGGGCGCGUAUCUGGGGUAUAUACGGGUUAUCGAUGAGGAGGAGGAGGGGAAGAAGAAGAAUAGUGGGGAUGAGGUGGUGGAUGGAAAGGGGGGAGGGAAGCCGUUCAUCGUCUCCGUCACGGGGUCCCCGGACGAAGUCGCCGAGUGCUACGCCCGCAUAGCGCGCGCCGCGGCAAAGGUAUCUGCCGUCGGAACACUCGCCAUGGAGAUCAAUCUCAGCUGUCCGAAUAUCCCCGGCAAGCCGCCGCCUGCGUACGAUGCGGAUGCGCUGGGGGUGUAUUUGGAACGUGUUGGGAGGACUGCUGCGGGGGUAAUGGGUGAGGGAGGUGAAGAUGGGAAUGGGAGGAAGAGGAUCCCCUGGGGAGUUAAAACGCCGCCGUAUACGCAUGCUGGACAAUUCGAGAUGUUUGUGAGGGCGCUUAGGGAUUGUGCUGUGCCGAGGGGGGUUGCGGUGAGUAAGAGAGAAGGCGGGGAAGGGGAAGGGGAAGGAGAGAGGGUGUGCCCGCUUAGUUUCGUCACGGCUACGAAUACGCUUGGUUCGUGUCUUCUUCUGGAGACGAGUGAAGAUAUCGAUGGGAGCGGCAGUGGAAAGGGAGGGCCGGUGUUGCCUGGGCUGGGCAUUGGCGGGCUUGCCGGGGCGCCGCUGCAUCCGCUUGCGCUGGGCAAUGUCGCGACUCUGAGGCGGAUGCUGGAUGAGAACCCUGCGACGAAGCAUGUUGCUGUGCUCGGCAUUGGAGGCGUCGAUGGCGUUGAUGGGUAUAGGCGGAUGAGGAGCGUCGGUGCGUGUGCUGUGGGCGUGGGAACUGCGUUGGGGAUUAAGGGAUUGGGUGUUUUUGGGGAGAUUGAGAGAGGGUUGGCCGGUGUUUGGGAGGUUUGAAUGUUGGCUAUUUGUUUCGUUCGUGGGGCGACGAUGUGAUGUUAUACAACAUGCCCGCAUCUAUGCAGCGACUUUCAGCAGACAUUACGGGUAGGCAAGUGUGUGGGUGUUGUGUAAGAUUGCACGAGAUAACCUACACGUUCGCAGCAUUCGCAGAACCCUUUGUUAUGUUACCUAUUCUAUGAGAUAUUUCAUGAUACUUGCCUUUAGCUUACUUGAUUUCAUAUGAAUAUUUUACCGUAGAG